AGAGAUUAAUGCCAUGACUCCUUCCCCCAGAAAAUCAAACACUUCCAAUAAUUGUCCUGUCCGCGUUUGUUUGGGUUCAUGAUGUCCUCAAUAAUUACUCUCUCUCUCCCCCGUUUGAAAUGAAUAGUAAACUUAAAAUUUAAGUUGAUAGGUUGUUGGAGCCAAUUUUUUCCUGUAAUUUUUUUUCUCAAUCUUCCCGUGUGGACAAUAUAUCUGAGCGCUUUAAGCAACAGCUUCACUCACUGCCUUCACCAGAAUCAACUAAUCAGGCGUCCUGUCUUCGUUUCAACUGCAAAAAGUACAGAAGACCCACUGAAACAUUAGUUGCAGAUGAAGUGAAAGCGGAGGUACGUGGUUGCUUCGGCUUUUCCGCAUACAGUCACCCUGUUGCUGAAAACGGAUGUAAAGGUGACAGGUGAGUUUCAUUUCUCAUUCUCACAGCAUCAGCUUUCAUCAUGAAGACUGCCGCUUCUCCGAUUCCCGUCUCGCAUCGGGCUUCUAGCUAUGACGAAUUCUCGAUGCAGCAGACCCUGCAGUUCUCGGAUCGCUUGAAGGACCUGAAGAGUCUAAAGCAGCAGUUGUAUUCAGCUGCAGAAUAUUUUGAAUCAUCUUACAGCAAACAUGACCAGACGCAAAUGGUGAUGUCAUCCCUGAAAGACUAUGCUCUGAAAGCAUUGGUUAACACGGUGGACCACUUGGGCUCAAUGUCGUACAAGGUUAACUGCCUCUUGAAUGAAAAGUCUGAUGAACUCUCGACGAUUGAGCUCCCAUUCUCUUGCUUCGAGCAGAGACUUCAAGCAUGCCAACAAUUCAUAAAUCACGGAGGCCUUUCUCAGCAGUCAUUGUUGCAUAAAACUCACAAUCACCAUACCCACUAUGUCUUACCAGAUCUUCGUGAAAUGAGCAAAGAGCCUCCUACAUCAUUUAUCAGAAGAGGGCAGCCUCCCACAGCACAUGUUCCGGAGUCCUCACCGGUUGAAGUGACUUUCUCAUUUACGGAAGCUUCGCCACAUAAAAGAUCAGAUAAACGAGCAACCUCCCCAUUUCGGUUUCAGUUAAUGCGCUCCGGAUCUCUUGCUAGUAGGUCAAGCUCUCCAACUCCUUCAAGUUCAAACACCAAAAGGCGGUAUCCAUCAGAGCCUCGAAGAUCAGCUUCGCCAAGCGCUCGAGCUGAUAGGGACAGGGCCAACGACCUCGAGUUAUAUGCCAGCAAGAACAAGAGGAUGUUCAGGGCCUUGCUUAACAUGCGGAAGCCCAAAAAGGGUGGAUCGUUAUACAAGUACUUGGAUGAGAACUGAAUUGAUGUUGCAGGCAAUGAGAUCUUGGAAUGGGAAGACGGAAGACAUUCGCUUCCUUUCCUCUUUGCCCUCCAUUACAGAGUGUCCAAGACUUCAAUUUAGUUCAUCUUUUCUUGAAAUCAAAGUUUUGAAGGUCGAUUCCAAUUUGUUGAUUCUACUUCUUUUUGGUCGCUGUUUCUCCUCCAUCUACUUUGCCCCGGUACAUGCGGCGCAUAUGAUUUUAUAUACGUGCUGCGACAUUUUUUGAGGCGUAUGCUUUUUGAUCUAGAAAAGUUCGUAAAACAAAUGAGAUGCAUGUACCAAAUGAUAUUGAAUGCUC